UAUUGUAUAAUUUUGCGAUAAUUACGAAGACCAAAAUUGAAGAAGACGCAAGUGGAGGGUAGGUUACGAAUAUUCAUUUAUAGACAAUUCUCAAUAUUGUAGAAGACUGUCAACGUCAAAGUCACCGUAGUGUUGCCAGCAACGAAAAUUAAAACUCCCCAUUAAAUAUGGAAAAUCAAUUCGAACUUUUAUACAGCAAAUUGAAAAUAGAAAUGCAAAAACAAACACUAGAAUUAACCAAUAAUAUUAUGGAGAAAAUAGACGAAAAAAUUAAACCUGUCCUUGAAGAAAACAAAAAGCUGCGAAAUGAACUAGUAAAAUUAGAGAAAAAGGUGGAAUAUAUGGAAAGAGAUAAAAAAUUUAACAAUAUCAUAAUUUAUGGGAUGAAAGAAGAAGAAGAGUCUACGUUAGAACUAUUUACAAAAGUAAAGGAAUGCUUUUUACAAGAAUUGGAAAUAAAUGUAGAAGAAUGGGAAAUAAACAAAAUACACCGUAUUGGAAACAUACAAAAAAGUGGAAAACAGAGGCCUGUACUCCUUUCUUUUGUAAGCGGAUGGAAAAAGAGGGAAAUUAUGGAAAACAAAAAGAAACUAAAGAAUAUAUAUAUUGCAGAAGACUACUCCAAGGAAACACUAGAAAAAAGAAAGGCACUACAACCUCAGCUUAUAGAGGAAAGGAAAAAAGGAAAUUUUGCCAUCAUUAAAUAUGAUAAAUUAAUUGUUAAAAGAAACACUAUAAAGGAGAAGAGGAAAAGGCAGACACCUACCCCUCCUGAAACGGAUGCACAACCGAGGAAACAAAAGACAUUAAACACUUUGUCCAACAAGAGAAUUAACGCAUUUGAUAAAAUGAAAGGUCGAUCGCUAUCCUUUACUGGAAACCUAGACGCUGAAGAACAAUAACAACUAAACACUGGUCACCGGAAACAGCAAACAAAUAAUAAACAGAACAAAGUAAUUGACAAUAAAGAAACAAAUAUCUCUCCCCCAAGACGACUGGUCCUCGUGGGGGGAAAAGACCACAACCCUCCAACAACACAAGAUAAGAAUAGCAAAAACAGGCGUCGAAAACCAAAAGUUCCAAAACUUUAUAUAGCAGCCCUUAAUGUACUCACAUUGAAAAACGAGGAAAAUCUGGUAGAACUCAUACAUGCUUUAAAAGAGAUCAAAUGGGACAUCAUCGGCCUGAGUGAAGUAAGGCGAACGGGAGAAAGAAUUAUUUCUUACCCAGACUUCCUCUUAUAUUAUAUAGGAACGACUCCAGGUCACCAUGGUGUUGGAUUUAUCAUUAAAAGACACCUACUAAAUUACGUGGAGAGCUUCAUUGGAAUAUCAGAACGCAUAGCUUUGAUUAAUCUUAAGCUACCGGGAUACGAAGAUCCAUGGUCCAUUAUACAAGUAUACUCGCCUACAGAACAAUACGAUUCAGGAUCAAUAGAUUCAUUCUACCUAGAACUAAAUAAAACAAUCCAAGACCAUACUUACAAGAACCUUAUUGUAAUGGGAGACUUCAACGGCCAAAUUGGAGUUCAACAACCAGAAGAAAACACAGUUCUAGGACCUUUUGUAUAUCGAAAAAAGACCAGAAGUAAAAACGGAGAAAAGCUUAUACAUUUUGCUCAGGAAAAUUGUUUGAAGGUUUUAAACACAAUGUUCAAAAAGAAAAAAAAGAAAAUGUGGACCUGGAUAUCGCCAGACGGCAAAACAAAAAAUGAAAUAGAUUUCAUAAUGACAAAUAAAAGUAGAUACUUUUCAAAUAUUACAGUAAUAAGUAAUUUUAACUUCAAUACCAACCAUCGGAUGAUUCGAGCAGAGCUAAUGACAAUCCCGCCAAAGAACCCAAGACCUAGAAAUAAUACAAUAAAUAGAAAACCUAAUAAAUACCAAACAACCCAAAUAGGCAAUUAUAUAAUAUCAAAACUUACAAAUUAUGAACAAGACACAACAAAUAUGAAGUUGCAAGAAAAAUAUAACUGGUUAGAAAGAACAAUCAAAACAUCUAUUCAGCAAGGGACCUGUAGCAAAGACCUAUCUAACAAGUGGAUGACUACAAACACUAUGAACCUUCUGAAUCAAAGAGCUGACUUAAUCAAGGGAAAGAAUACUAACGAUAGUCGAAAGCAAAUAGCAAAAUUGAGCAAAGAAAUAAAAACAAGUAUAAGAAAAGACAGAAUACAGAGUAGAAUGGAAACAAUUGAAAGGCAUAUUUUACAGACAAGAGGAAUAAAAAAGGCAUAUAAAGAGUUAACAAACAAAAAGGACUGGAUCGUACAGAUGAAACAUAACAAUGGAUUAAAGGAGAAGCGAAGGCAAGGAAUAUUAGGAAUCGCUACAUCAUUCUACAAGGAACUAUAUCAAAGUACUGCAGAGGAAAAAGAAAUAGAACUGUUGGACAUCUCACCUGUACCCAGUAUCAUGCAAGAAGAAAUAGAAUUUGCUUUGGAAACCCAAAAAAAUGAUAAAGCUCCUGGACCUGACGGAAUAAGCA